AUGACCUCCACCUCUGCCUACUACGCUGACUCUGGAGCGCCAAUUGCUCGACUGAGCGCUAAGCAAUAUUUCGACCAGCUCACCAAUAAGGAGAAGCUGUAUGCCCAUUACAUGUCCAAGGCCGGGUUUUGGGGAACAAGAGUGGUGUUACGCUCUGUUUCGCCCGAGUCUGAGCAGAUCUACGACCUGAUCCUUUCCAUCCACAAGGCAUUGAAGGGCGACUACUCCAUUCUGGAGAAACAUCUUGGUAAAGAAGCCAAAACUGGGUACCUGGAGUACGCCUCCCAGUUCCUGAGCAAUUUGGGCAAUUACCGUUCGUUCGGUGAUUCCAAGUUCAUUCCAAGACUCAACAAGGGGGACUUUGAGACGUUCAUUGAGCUGAUCAACGACGAGUACUCUUUGCAGCUGUUCGAACAAGUCAAGGACGACAUCUACUCUGUCGAUUCUCAAACUGCUCUUUUGGGAUGGCCUGCCAAUGGCCAUGUUUCGGGCUACUAUCUCAACGCAGUGACCAAAGACGAGGUCGAGGCAAUCAAUUCCGCGCUUGCCUCCAAGUCCAUCAUGCCGGAAAACACCAGACUCGAGAAAUUGGAUGAUUUCAAGUUCAGAGUCCAUGUCGCUUCCGCAAACAUCUCGAACUCCACUGGCUACUACCCAGACACUAUUGACUUUGAGCUUGCAGGAAAACCGGCUUCACUGGAGUUCAAGUUCGGCGACCACGCUGCCGAGUUUGGCAAAAUCGUGGAAAACUUGGUUGAAGCCAAAAAACACGUUGCCAACGAAACACAGCUCAAAAUGUUGGAGAACUACAUUGAGUCGUUCCAAACGGGUUCCAUGAAGGCCCAUUACCAGUCCCAGAUCCACUGGGUGAAGGAUAUCGGUCCGGCUGUCGAGACAAAUGUCGGUUUCAUCGAAACUUACAGAGAGCCAUCCAACGUGCGUGGAGAAUGGGAGUGUCUGGUUGCCAUGGUGAACAAGUCGCGGACUGCCAAGUUUGGUCAGCUUGUGUCUCAGGCCAAGGAGUUCAUCGCCUUGCUCCCAUGGACCAAGGAUUACGAAAAGGACGUAUUCACCCCACCGGACUUCACCUCGUUGGAAGUGUUGUCCAUGACAACCAGCAGUGUUCCUUCAGGAAUCAAUUUGCCGAAUUACGACAAAGUGCGUAUCAAUUUGGGAUUCAAGAACGUUUCGCUCGGUAACGCAAUUGGCGCGGGAUCCGGAAAGGAGCCGAUCACGUUCGUUGCCGACGAUAUCCAGGACAUCUACAGAAAGUACAGAACAGACGCAUUCGAGGUCCAGGUCGGUAUUCAUGAGCUUCUAGGUCAUGGUUCCGGAAAAUUGUUGAUGGAAUCCGACGAUGGAGAGUUCAAUUUUGACGUUAAAAAUCCACCUUUGGGACUUGACGGAAAGCCGGUUACCACGUACUACAAGAAGGGCGAGACCUGGGGCUCGUUGUUUGGUUAUCUUGCCGGUGGGUUCGAGGAGUGUCGUGCCGAGUCUGUGGCCAUGAGUUUGUUCACAAACAGAAAGCUGCUUGAGAUAUUUGGAUUCACCGAAAAAUCGGUCCAGGACGACCUUAUCGGCGUGUCUUACUUGACAAUGGUCCGUGCGGGAUUACUUGGCAUGGAGCAUUAUGAUCCUGCAAACAAAAAAUGGAACCAACCGCACUGCCAAGCACGGUUUGCUAUCUUGAAAACACUUUUGGAAGCCGGGGAAGGACUAGUGACGUUGGAGUACACCAAACAGGACUACUCGGAUCUAGUAAUUAAGGUGGACAGAAGCAAGAUCGAGACUGUAGGACAAGCUGCGGUCGACAAGUUCCUGAACAAGUUGCAUGUUUACAAGUGUUCUGCUGACGUGAAAAAUGGUAGCAAGUUCUUCCAAGAGCUCACCACUCCGGGACCGGACCUGCUCAAGUUCAGAGACAUUAUUCUUGCCAAAAAGCUUCCUCGGAGGCAGCUGGUCCAGGCCAACACCAUUUUGAAGGAUGACGAGGUCACGAUUGAGGAAUAUUCGGAAUCUGAACUUGGCAUGAUUGAGUCAUAUAUUGCAAGAGAUACAUAA